AUGCCUCAACGUCAAUCGGAUUUACAAAAGACUUUGCAAGGAGACCGCCAAAGCCUCUCCAUGCAGUACCAGGGAAGUCACAGUGGUUGUCGAUCAAUGGACUCGAUUCCAAGUGAUGGACAACAAAUUAUGGGGCGUGACAUCAUGAUUGAGGAUCACAUUGGGAAAGGUGAAAAGAGUGGCGAGAUCGAGACAAACAAUCGAUUGACUCAUGAACGAUUCUCGGACAAGAAA